AUAAAAAGUCCAUCAGUCGGGCUGUUACUCAUAUCCUGAAUCCUGGUUUCACUCAGAGAGCACACGGACGCGGAGGACAGCAUCUGCAGGACUUUGGCGUUUUAAACUCUUUUUAAAAACGGUCAACAUGGCUGUGGCUGAAGCAGUGAUGCCUGCCUUAAUCUCGUUUCCGAGUCUCAAAGGACUGGAUAAUGUGGAUGAGGGUGUGCAGAACAGUGCAACAGGUGAUGCAAAUAACCCGCCGUGGGAAGUGGAGUUCAACAUGGUGCGUUCUCCUGCUUUACCCUCCAAAGAAGACGACGAACUGGGAAAGUUUUUGGAUCUCGAUUUUAUUUUGUCCAACACCAUCGGCCGCGAUGCUCUAAGCGACAGCGACGGCAAUGGGAACAUCCCACCAACGCAGCAGCAGCAGAACUGCAUGUAUUCUCUCCCGGAUUCGCCGGAAAGCUGCAGCGGUGGUUCUGUGACAGAGUGCAGCGAUCAUCCUCCCUCUCACCUGGGCUGCCACGGAACUGCAAACGUCGCAAAGUCGAGCCCAGCUCACAGUCUUAUGGUGGAGCUUCUCAGGCCUGAGAUAGGUUACCCGGCUGAUGCUUCACCGGACUGCGCGGGCAAGGAGAGAGAUGACCGCGAAUUCACCGAACUGCGAGCUUUGAAUUCAGCCUCAAUUCCAUCGGCUCCCCUUCACCGCCCAGCUGCCACCGCACCGAUCCCGCUUGGAUAUAAAAUCAAAACCGAGUCUGGGGGUCCAUCUUGCAUGAUGGCCGCCAGCGGUGAGAACUUUAUGGAACACGUUCACGGGAAAAACCUAAUGCAACCAGUAACCUUUACGCACCACCAGGCUGCAUUUCAUGGUGGGUUGCAGGCUCACGGCGCGCAUCCCAUGCAGCACGCUGCAUCCCACGGACAUACGGCACACUACCACUUAAACGCGCACAUGAGCUCUCACCAUCCCAGUAAUCAAAGCCAUCUCCAGGGUCAAUAUAUGAACGCGCCAUAUCACUCGAUUUACGCACACCAGGGUGUGCCAUCGUUUCAGGGACACUACAACGCGCAGAGAGAGCAGGUCCACGUUCACCAGCAGCAACAGCAGCAGCGUCCACUGUCGAUGCAGGGGAUGGUGCUCACUCCUCCCUCUUCUCCUUCUCCGGUUCUGCUCGAGUUUUACUCGCAGGAUGAGACCGGGUGCAUGAAGCAGAAACGAGCCCGCAGAUCGUGGGCUAGAAAACGCGCUGCCACGCACAACUGCGAGUUCCCCGGCUGUGGAAAGACCUACACAAAGAGCUCCCAUCUCAAAGCGCACAUGAGAACACACACAGGUGAGAAGCCCUACCACUGUAACUGGGAAGGAUGCGGCUGGAAGUUCGCCAGAUCAGACGAAUUGACCCGCCACUUCAGAAAGCACACCGGACACAGACCCUUCCAGUGCCACCUCUGCGAACGUGCCUUCUCCCGCUCAGACCACUUGGCUCUCCACAUGAAGAGGCACAUGUAGGCCACAGUUCUUCUGGACUCUUGCAUCCAUAAGAAUCCACCCCUCAGAAGAGGACCGACUUGGUUUCUCCCUGCUGGACUGUCCAAAAUCAGUGUAGCAUGAACUGUUUCCCCCCUGACAGACAGUUGCAGUUGUCCUCUUCCACUCCACUCUUAUUUUUUUUUUAUUGCCACUUGUAUAAUAUACUGCUAAAUUAAGUGCCUCUGGUGGUUACUGUACAUACAGAAUCUGUGCAUACAUGUAUAACACUGCCUAAAUUCUAGUUCAGUAGUAUUUAAGACACUUCCUCACACUGUCUCUAAAAUAAGUUAUUGCCGUGAGUGCCUUACCAGAAUUACAUAGGCCUAUCUGCUCAUCCUGAGCAGUUUUUGUAUUUUUGUAAUGUUUACAUCUUGUAUCUUUGAUACUAUAAUCAGUCAGGGUGGUAAUUACUUUUUUUUUUUUUUUGGUAUUCUGUUUUCUUAUCGUAGAUUGUAAACAUUUGCUACGCAUUGUAGACUGCUGUGGAUCUUUAUAGUCUGGUUCAGCAAAGAUUCAGGUACUAAAGAUUGUUUAUAGGAUCCCAAGAAACUGGUGCAGUGUGAAAUAUAUUAUUGUUUUUUAAUGAGAGUUUUUGGCAAAGUUGUCCCUGUGGUUUUGUUUUUUGUUAUGUUUUUAUGUUUGCUGUGAGAAAGAAUCCACUGCAACCAAUGGUCGAUUUGGUGAACUUGAAAAGUGUCAUUCUCCUAACAUGCAGUUGUUUUAAAUUGCGCUCAAGGGCUCCAAAAUAAAAGUUUGUUUACAAAUGCACCAAGUUUGUUAUUGUGCAUUUCUCACUCAUAUGUAAUCUCUCCAGAAGCAGGUUUGUCUGGUCAUGGUGUUUUAUCCUUCCUUCUGGCUCGUGUGUUCCCACAAUCCCAAGAACGGGCAAAAUAUUAGUAGGUGCAUGUGUUACUCUAGUCCAUGGUUGGAAAUGUAGGGGACAAAGUUUGUGCCUAACAUCCCAUCAAACAUUAACAAAAAAAUAAGACUCAAAGUGAAAUCUUACUGAAAUUGCUGGAUGUAGAAGCACCAGUAAGCUCUUGUUGCUUUACUUUACCUGCACAAAAUGUACUCAUUUAACUCUGCUUCACUUCCUGUCUCCUGGCUUCAAACCCCGCAGUUUAAAACCAUGGUUUACCCUUAAUGGCCAGGUGUUCCUCUAAUAACAGAACACAUCCAUGUAAUUGAACAAGGAUGUUGCUACCAUAUUUUUCAAGUUGAAAAAACUGAAAUGCUUUCAUUUAUUUUAUAUGCUUAGAUAUCCUGACAUGCUCUGUACUGAGACCUGAAAUCACAAAAUUUCUAACUACAAUAAAGCCACUUUUCAUAGAGGAUUAAUGACUCAAACAGCUUUGGAUCACUACUUAUGAAAGACUGCCAUCUAAUGUCAUUUCAUAUAAUAACAUUAUCUUUAACAGGGCGUUCAAUGUCUUAAACUAUCCUCUUGCAUGUAUGUAAUGUUCAACUGUCUAAUAUUUAUUUAGAGAUGGUGAAAUCUGGAAUCAGGAAUAUGUUCCACACUGCUUUGUGAUACAAUGACUUCUCUUUCCUUUGCGAUCACUGUUAUACUUAAGAAUCAGAAUAUUUUAAUCCCAGAGGAAAAUUAUGUUUAGAAACGACUUUAGAGUCAUUUGAAAAGAUAUGAAGAGAACCCAGAGUAAAUCAUGAGACAGAAAUUCAGCCAGGACAGUCACAGCACUGUGCUUCUGCCAAGAGGAAACUUGAUAUACAACAGUAUGCUCAACGUGUUCAAUUUACAACCAACAUUCAAAUGGACCACUAAUUAGCCUGGGAGCAAUAAAGGACCAAACGGUCAAAGAGGACUGCUUUGUUGUUCAACCUCAGUUUCAUUGAUCAAUUAACUGUGUGAAAACACUGGGGACUGGGGUCCUGCUUCUGUCUGCCCUGGAACAUGUAGAGAAACC